AUGAUCUGGAUUUACCAGAGAGAGGUGUUAUCCGAGCAUCCUGCCAAGACCAAAUGAGUAAUCGUACCGCCUAGUCGCUCCAUUCUCAACCUGGCCAGCAUCACGUCGGCAGCCUUUGCAGACUACGCCAACGCUGGUGCCAACCUACUGUCGCUUGUCGGGCGCCUCGCGCCGUGGAACUCGCCGCGGUACGUCUACAAGCCGCUGGAUGAAGGCCAGUUCCGACUUCUCCACCUCCUCGCGGGAGCGGCGGAUGACAACGUCAUCCGCGUCAGACUCGUCGACGAAGCCGUCAAGUCCGCCCCCGAGUACCACGCCAUCUCGUAUAUCUGGGGCAACCCGCGGCAAACGGCCGGGAUCCUCUGCGAGGGGGCGGAGAUCCGCGUCACCAAGGACCUGUUCGACGCCCUUCGUUUGUGGCGCCGCGCCGACGAGGAUGUAGUGGUGUGGGCGGACGCCGUGUGCAUCGACCAGCGAAAUACGGUGGAGAGAAAGGAGCAGGUUAAGCUUAUGAAAAAGAUCUAUUCGAGCGCAGCGUCAGUCCUUGUCUGGCUCGGCAAAGGCGACGCGGGUCUCGAAGGGAUCGAGACCCUCAUCGACAUUGCACUCGAGGUCAUCCCAGAGGCCGUGGAUGAUCCCGCGCGGAACAGGGAGAAAGCUGCGACUCUGGCGCUCCCCCCGAUGCCUCCAUAG